UGUUGGUUAUUCUUGAACAUAUUCAGGACUAUUUGAUCAGAUACAAUGCAGUGGAUCAUAUUUUCAGUAAAUGGGAAGUCUCAGCUCAUAUAAAACACUCGUGUGGGAUAGUAGCGGACCUACAAUUUGCAGUCCACCAUGCACUCUUGAUGACGAAUACCAUUAUCCCUGGGAUUUUCUCAGCAGGUGCAUUAUCCACAUCAUUUACAACAAGUUGGACCAAUUUAUUUCCGUACCCUAAGGAAGUGCCAUGUGUUUGGUGUAUGUGCAGAAGGAUCAGGCAAACAGACUUUUAUUUUAUUGAUGAAAGUCAGUACACUGGGAAAGGAGUGGAAGGUGUGGUGUCUAGGGCUCAUCAUUAUUUGCAGUUCUAUGGCAUAGGAGAAAAACAUGUACAGAUACAUUUCCAUAAUGCAGCUGGGCAGAACAAAACAACUAUGUCAUUUGGUAUGCAGUUAUGGAGCACUUUAAUAGGACUACAUGAAACUGUUGCAAUGAGUAUUUUGGUGACAGGGCACAGGAAAUUCAAACCAGAUUAGCAUUUUGAUGUAUUGAAAGUGUUGGGGAGAUUCUGAUGCAUAAACUAUGACCCAAAUGGCUGACACUGUGAGACAGUCAUCAAAAGGGGGUCACAAUGUUAAUGUUGAUAAUCCUGAAACACCUGUUGUUUUUUACAGCUUGGGGCAAUUUCUUGAACAGUAUUGAACAGUAUUUUAAACAGUUGUCUAAAUACCAACAUUUCUUUGUCAGUUCCGUUGAACCGUGUGUUGUAUGUUGCAAAGACUAUUUUAAUUCUGAAGAAGUUAAAGUAACUACAUUGAAGCAAGUACCCGAUAAAAAUGCUAUGCUUGAAGUAAAAGCUUUUUCAGGUUUGAAUGUGGCCCGUCAGUGGUAUUUGUCUUAAAAUUUUUGAGAUUGCUUCUUAACACACUGUUUUGAUUUUCUAUCCAUAUUAUUUAGGGUUUUUUCAAGUCCGUUUAUUUUGCAGCUGUCGAGCAUAGAAUGAUAUACUAAUAAUGCUAUGGAAAUGGUGAAAUAUUUUAUAAUUGCUAGGCAACAGAACAUAGGUUGUAAAUUUUUUGUGGAUACUGUUAUACUUUAAUUCUUGUUAGAUUAUGAAAAUACUAUAUGUUGUUGAGGGUUUUUAAAAAGAUGAUUAAACCAUCAUAAAUGUGACUCGAAGUCACUGUGAAGUUCCGUUUUCAAAUGCAAUUUUACGCAAUGUUUGUUUGUUUGUUUGUUUGUUUUUUUUGUUUUUUUUGUUAAAGAAAAGUUAUUUUGCCUUCAAAAUGCCUUCUUAUUUUAGAUAGAAAUCUUCAAGUCUGCUUCCUGAAACAUUGUUUAGAUUUUGGAUGAAGAUUAUUUCAUAUUACAAAACAUUUUUAUCAUCAUUCAAGGGUAGACAGCUAUAUAACAACCAGAAGAGAUGAAAUAUUCUCUGGUUGCUAGGCAACAGGAAGAAUCAUUUAAGUUAUAGACAUUUUUUAAUGAUAGUUCUUUGGUUGAUAGUUCUUUGCUUCAAUGCAUAUUUUACAACCAAAUUUUUAACAGCACACCUUCAUUUUAAUUUAAUGUGAAUAUGCUAGCAAUAUUCUGUAGGGAAUUGGAAUUGAAGUAAAAAUUUGAAAAGGGACUUUCCUGUCAGAUGUCUGUAUAUCUUCAAAUGUUUUCAAUAGAAUGACUAGAAUUUUUCAAGACUGUCUGUUUAUAAGUUUUGUUUACACUUUCAUUGAGCUUUAAAUGAAUGCAAAUGUUUAAGUCAACUUAUAAGUCUUAAAACCUAAGAAAACCAUGGAAAUUGUGAAAAAUUACAUUGUUGCUAAGCAACAGAAAUAUUGAAGUCGCUGUUUUGUAACUAAAUUUGUGCUUUAUUAUCAUAGUUUUAUUUCAUAUAGCCAUAUUUGCAAAGAAAG